AUGGAUCAUGUAGAUCUCGCCAGUGCACGGGAGAUGGGAUCCUCUCCAGCCUUUACAACCCUUCAUGUCUCUGUGCCGUACAGUAGUAACAACAGCACCUAUAACAGCAAUAGCAAUAUUUAUAAUAACAAUAAUAACAAUAGUAGUCAUAUCAAUAAUAAUAGUAAUGCUAGUGGUAGCACCAGCGGUGUGGCUGCUUACGGUGGUAGUACUUCUCCCCGUACUCCACACGUACAUUCCUUAGCAGGAUCCAUGGCUGCCAGUUCUGUGAUGAAUAACCCAACCUCAAACACCUCACGAUCAUUGGCCAAACCAACAUUAGAUACAUCACAUAUUCGUUUAUGCUCAGAAGAGUGUUGGAUGCCGGAUGCUCAAGUAAUGACAUGUAUGGCACAUGAGUGUAAUGUCUCUUUUUCACUUUUUAAUCGUAGACAUCAUUGUCGUGUCUGUGGACGGAUUUUCUGUGCUGCUUGUUGUUCACAUUUCAUUACAUUACGUGGGGAUAAUCAUACAGGAACGACAGGUUCACUUGUUACUUCUUUCUUAGAUGGAGUAGAGAGUCCCACCGCAUCCUCCACAACGCCUCAUCGAAUAGGUGAUAAAGUACAUGGACAGAGAAAUUCCAUACUUUCAUCUACACGACCAUUACAAUCAUCUCCAUCCCAAUCAUUACAACAGAUAGGAUCAUCAUAUCAUCAACGUCAACCAUCCCAACAACAACAACAACUACAACCAUCUGGAUCAUCUUCAUUCUCAACUACACAUCGUAUUUGUUCUGCAUGUUAUUAUGAACUUCAACUUGUUGUUUCUCGUCGGGAUCACACGGGAGAAGCACGACGAAAAUGUCGAGGUGAAUUAAAAAUGCUUCAAUGGUCUUUACUUGUAAAUAUGUUAACUUAUCUUAGUAUGCAUGAUCUUUUAGAAGUUUCUCUAGUAUCCUCUGAUUUUUAUUUUAUGUCGAGAGAUAAUGUCAUAUGGUAUCAAUAUAAUUUAGCACAAUAUCAACAAAAGGAAAAAGAAUUAAAAAUACCAACAGCGUCUAAUUAUUUUAACCCUUCAUUACGUCAUCGAUUACUCAAUCGACAUAAGGUACGUGCAUUUCGAACAGAUUUUGAAGAUAUUACUCCCACAGAUGCCUCUAAACGUGUAAUUUCUCUUCAUGCACGAUAUAAUUUUACACAAUUCCUUGAUUUUGCCCGACAACAAGAAAUGGCACGAUGUAAAGGUUUUUUAUCUUUCUCUGUUGGGGCCCGUAUGUUAUUAUCUAGUCCAUUAAAAAUUGCGAUUAUUGGACCCACAGGAAUUGGUAAAAGUUCCAUGGUUCGAUGCUUUGCAGGUCCACAUGCGGCUCAUACCAGUUGGCGAGAACCACUGCCAACGAUGGGAUUCACCCGAUAUGAAAAAACAGUUCAUCUCACUGGAAGUUUAAUGGCAGAUGUGAUGUUGCAUGUUUUUGAUAUUUCCGGUGAACCCCGUUUUGAGGAAUUGCGGCGGUUUAUUUGUUCGAAUUGUCAUGCCGUUGGGAUUUGUUAUGAUGCUCGGCGUAAAGUGACAUUAGUGCAGGCAGCAGAUAUUAUGAUGGGAGUGGAACCCGCAUUAGGCCCACAGCCAGUAGUCGUCUGCGGAAUAAUGGGACCCACUAAUACUACUAAUAAUACUGAUGAGAUUCCAACAACUACUACUAAUACUAAUACUAAUAGUAAUAGUAAUAGUAAUACUAAUAGUACAGCUACUACGAUGGCCACACCGAUAGCGGUAUCAGAACCAGCCGUACAAGAAAUACAUGCAAUGGGUAUUACGGUUCGUGGUCGGGCAUCUUUACAAUGUCAAUGGAAUAAUAGUGAACCGUUAUUUCAAAGUUUAUUACAAUCUCUCUUGGAUCGUCUUGCAAUGGCAACUGCCACCUCAUCUGUUGUUGCCGCUGCUGCUUCUAAUGGGCGUGCAAAGAUUGAUGAAAAGGAAUCGGCUACUAAUCUUGCGGUCGCACAGGAAUUACUUCGAAUCACACUAAAUCCAUCUGCUCUGGAUAUCUUGCUUGAACAAAAGUAA